GAUGUUUUGGAGAAAGACACGUCCUGGCUGUCAUGGGUUUCCUUGGUUUUGCCAAUGUUUAUGCGAUGAGAGUCAACUUAUCAGUUGCGAUUGUUGCAAUGGUCAACAACACAGCCAUUCCUCAUGUUAACAAAACAGAGUCGGAUGCUUGCCCAGUGCCAAGUAGCAACCAAACUGAGCCCAGUGAGGAUGGAGAAUUUGUGUGGACCGAAUACGAACAAGGCCUCAUCCUUGGUUCAUUUUUCUGGGGUUACGUUCUGACCAACAUGGUAGGAGGAAGGUUGGGUGAGGUCAUUGGCGGAAAGCUUGUUUUUGGAUUUGGUGUGCUAGUUACAGCUGUAUUGACAUUGCUGACUCCUGUUGUAGCGCAGGCAAGCACCCCCUUGCUGAUUGCUCUUCGGGUUGUUGAGGGUCUAGGAGAGGGGGUGACGUUUCCUGCAAUGAACUCUAUGAUGGCGAAGUGGAUCCCACCUUUAGAGAGGAGCAAGAUGGGAGCGCUCGUCUAUGCUGGAGCACAGUUCGGGACGGUAGUGUCUCUGCCAAUCUCAGGACUGCUGUGCCAGAGUAACUUUUUAGGGGGAUGGCCAUCUGUGUUCUAUGUGUUUGGGGUGUCAGGUAUCGUGUGGUUUAUCCUGUGGAUGUUGCUGGUCUACAAAACACCCGAGUCACAUCCACGUAUUUCCUUAGACGAGAAAAUCUACAUUCAGACUUCACUCAACCAGUCCCCAAGUGAUAGUGGAGCAAAGAAGAUUCCGUGGAAGCGCAUUCUUCUCUCUAUGCCUUUCUGGGCCAUCUUUGUAGGCCACGUUGCACAGAACUGGGGCUUCUACACUCUCCUAACUGAACUUCCUACUUACAUGAAGAAUAUAUUGCAUUUCAACAUUGCGAGUAACAGCUUUGUAUCAGCCUUGCCAUACUUGAUGAUGUGGCUCUUCAGCAUCGCCUCAGGACUUCUUGCCGAUCAUCUUCGCACUCAAGGCAUCCUCACAACAACUGCGACAAGGAGAAUCUUUAACAGUAUUGGACUGUAUGGGCCCAUGAUAUGCCUGGUCCUGGUCGGAUAUGCCAAUUGCAACAAAGAUGCAGCAAUUGGUUUGCUUUGUGGCGCUGUUGGUCUUAAUGGAGCAGUCUACUCAGGUUACAUGAACUCGCACCUGGACUUGGCACCCAAUUUUGCUGGCACUCUGAUGGGCAUCACCAACACUUUUGCCACCAUACCUGGUUUUGUAGCUCCUCAGGUGGUUGGCAUGCUCAUCGACGGGCACGAAACCAUAGGUAGAUGGAGGAUCGUGUUUUGGAUAGCUGGAAUAGUCUAUUUUGUUGGGAAUACUUUCUAUAUCAUCUUCAUCACUGGAGAACAGCAGGAGUGGAAUGAUUUGGAUAAUCCACAAGAUGAAAGCAAGGUCAUCCAUGGUCAUCCGUCUAGUCAGUAUGGGUCUUUUAAUCAGCGUGGAAGUCAUUUAAACCCGACAAGCGUUGUGGAUGGAGCCACUUCUCCUACGACUAUACCAGAGAUUUUUUAAUCUCACUAGAAACAAGUUUCGUGACUUGGUUAAGUGACGAUGAGUAUUUUAGACAAUCACGUACAGGUCUUGUGGGACUUUCAAAAUACAUUUUAAAAGUUUACGUUAUUUCCUUUUUUUAAGGAUUAUCAUAUCAAUUGUGGUUUUUAAACACAUUAUGGGUAAAGUUUUGAUUGCUGUUGUGAGUACCAAAGAUCUUUUCUCAAUUAUCAUCCUUUUCUUGAUUUUCUCUUAUGAAACAGAGAUUGCCUCUAAUUUAGUAAUCUUAGACAUUCUAUCAUGACCAAGUAUUUUCUAAGGCAGUAUUUUAUACUCUGUGAAAUAAUUUAAAGAGAUUGAAGUUGAAAAUAUUGCAGAUUUUUUACAUCUUAGGGAUUAUUUAUUCUGAAUACCUCAAUGACUAUUGACUAUUUGUUUUAAUCCCAUGCUGAAUGAAGCAUUCAGUUUUGUUUAUUAAGAAUAGACUGUGUAUGCCAUUAUACUGUCAUUUUUGAAUGGCAGUACUAGACCUUAGCAAUAUGAGAUUUUUUUAAUUUUUAUUGAAAGAUGCAUAUGGAAAAUGCAGUUACUGCAGUUUUUGUUUUCAGGAAAGUUCUCGUGUGUGGUUAACCCAAUUAAGGCCUAAGUUUCAUCAAGCCAAGUCUUUGUGUAAUAUUUCAGAUUUAUUUUACACAUUGGAGAAAGCAUAUUCCACUGCCAGAUGUCAAAUACGUAAGCAAAGUGUAGGAUCAAAGCUGGAAUGUUAAUAUAGGUACAGAUUUAGACUUCUGUGAGAGUAUAGAUUUGAUUAUACUGGUAGACCUCAGUUUACGGUUGCAUUCCAGAAUCCAUACUUUAAAGUGAAAUUAUGUAAAACAAGACAAUUUUUCUAAUAAGAAAUAACUAAAAAAGACAUGAUACGUUCCCCAGCUUCCCUCCCAGAUGUCAUGACUCUCAUCAUAUACGAAUACAGUUGAAUUUGGUAGAAUAAAACUUCUUGAACAGAUGAUAGGUGUGUAAAUAUAUUAUACACAAUACUACAAGACAGAGAAGUGUUAGAGAGAAAAACUUGGUGAAUGGUGGAGUGGGUAAUGGGUGGCCAUUCACAGGCAUUGAGUUGCAAGGGCUUGGCUUGUUUGUUGGUUUACGUCUUCUCCUUUAAGAAUUUUUCAUGAUGGCUAAAACUUUCUCUGGCAUUUCGUGCAACUUUUGAAACUUCUUUUCCUGUUUGGGUUGGCAUCAUUGAUGAAGUCAAGUCCCGCGUCCACAUUGUAACAAAUCUCAGCAAGCAGCUUUACAGUCGAUUCUUUGUGUUCUUAUUUUUCUUUUCCUUUCUUCUCUUUUGGUGAGAUGGAGUUCUUCAGUGAAUUCCACUGUUUGAGAUGUGAUGACUUCUCUGUCAUCUGCCUCUUCCGUAUAUUUCCAGUUGCAUGAAGAAUUUAAAUUGUUUCCAGAAUUCUUGUACUAUUUUUUAGUCUCUUCAUCAAUAACUUCCAGUAAUUUGUCCAUCUUACACUAGUGGGUGUGCAUCUUAAUUUCUAGAGUUCUAGAUGACAGGAAGAUGUUGCCUUGAAUUACUCUUCAAUGGCGAGAUACCUUGGCAAUUUUUUUUCCUCAUACUGUCAUCAUGAUUACCUGAUGUCCUUCUGUGAGCCAUUUUUGAGGUUGAUAUUUUGUAAAUGUCAAAGUAUGGGUGGGCAAUGGCCCUAGAAUAAAUGCAGGAGGAAGAAGAACAGGGUGAAGAUAGAGGAGAACGGCAUUCAGAAUCCUGAGAACCACACCCCUAUGCAUCAAACAGGUUGUUACUUUGAAUCACUUGUAAUAUAAAAAAAAACCAUGAAAAAAUUGCAUUGAAGCAAAAUACUGUAGUCAGGGACACCAUCAAAUGUAUUGCCUUCCUGUAUGAAUAUAUUACAAGAGAGUAAAUAAACCCAUUGUUGCAGGUACAUGGACUGUCCACUAUAGUUUUUGUGAAUAUUAUUUGCACUUUUAUGGCACCACAAGUGCUCAGCCACCAAGGAACCAGUUAGUAGGCCUAUGUGAUCUUAGCUGAUUUCCCUUUUCUGUGAUUUUUUUUUUCUAAUGCUAAUCAUAUUGAAGUUCUUAUUAUUAGUAAUAAUGAUAGCAAUUAAAAAAAAAAAAUCCAAAAAUCUAGGAAAAGGUUCAACAGAUGACAUAGGUAGGACUAGUAACUGACUCCUUGGUAAAAGAGCACUUGUGGAGCCAAUUUAGUGUAAAUAUAUUUGAUAAACUAAAAUUAUAGUGGACAUGACAUGCCUUUUUUCCAUUCUGUAAGAGUGGCUUGAAUUUUGGAUUUCAGUUCACAUGUCUACAGUAUUGUUGCUGAGCACGCAAGUAAUAUUUUCACUAAAUAAUCUGAUAGAAAAGUAAUGUCACCAGACAUUUACAUCUAUUUUUUAUAUAUAUAUAUAUACAUGUUAAAUAUAUAAUUUAGUCACUUUAUACCAUGCUUUUUUAGUACUGUAAUAAAUUAGUUUGAAGUGGAAAUUGUGAAGAAAGGUUGUGAUACUCGUCUUCAUGUUAUGAAUUUAUUAUGACUUCCUUUAAGAUAUAUAAAUUUAGAUAUAGAUUAUUUUCAGAUACGGAAUGUUGGUAAAAUAUGUGAAAAAGAAUAUUUUACCAGCUUAUUUUACAUAAUAUUGUUAAUAUAUUGGGGUUUUAUAUUUUUUUCAGACUGAUUUAUUAUAUGUAGCAUAUUUUAACCUAUUGGCACUUGGAGUACAUGUAUGUAUUCAUGUCCACUAUGGUUUUGUGUUAUUUUGUAAAAUGCUCCUCAAGCACUUAGUCACAAAGGAAUCAGUUACUAGGCCUAUUUAACAUUAUUAAUUACCCCAUAACUUUUUUUGGGGCAAAAUCAAUCAAUCAUCAUCAUCAGUCAUCAUCAUCAGUCAUCAUCAUCAUUAUUUUAUCUAUUUUUGCUAAUAGUAAUAAAAAAAACUUUUCUAAAUAACUGAUUACUUGAUGACAAAGGAGGAAAACAAGCAUUGUGGACAGCAUUUUCCUAGUGUUAAUAGGUUAGAAAUAUGUUUUACUGGAUAAUUUACAAACCCAUAACAAGGUCCUCUUGAAUAAUUGAACAGUGAAAUUAGUUGCCAAGGCCUUCCUCAUAGGACCUUGUAUAGGAGAUGAUUGUUUUUAAACUUCACGUUUUGAUAAUGCCUGGAGGGAUGUUAUUGGAGAAUUUCAUGUUCACAGGAAUUGUUUGUUGUGACUACUAUUUCCGCAUAUGGAACUGAGAAAGAAAUUUUGCUUCUGUAUAUUCAAGAUUAUAUCACCUUUUUUGUUAUGUAUAAGACUAAUGACCUCAGCUCAAACCAAAGAGAACUUGAAUACUGUGAUGCAUCAAGCACAACUGAGCUGGCAGGGAUUGAACACUUAAUAGUUAGGACAUACAAUUAAUUGUUUAUUCUUAAAUUUCAAGCAAAUGAUGCAAUGCAUGUGAUUUUGAUGUGGUAUUUCUUUUUUUAUGGAAUUGAAAAAGAAAUUACAGAGGCAAGGGAACAGUUGAAAUUUGUAAUUGAAAAGAACUUGUACUCCCCUUUAUAAGUAUAUUUUAAAUGGUUGUGUUCACAAUACAGUGGGGCAUCUCUCUGUGCAUGAUGAUGGGUUUUGAUUAUUCAAGGGCUGCAUGGAUCAUUGUUGGGGUAAUACUAUUAUUGUUGAAGAGUGUAGUUUGAGAGAAAGAGAGAGAGAAGUGGAGAUGGAGAUAGAGAUACUAGAGAUACUAGUAGUAAUAGAAGUAGAGAUUGAGAUGGAAGAAGUUUUUGUUAAUAGAAAUACAGAAAAAGAAAGAUAUGCAUAGACAGACAGACAGCCAAACAAAUAGAUAGCCAUGUACAAAAGAGAUAUAAGUUAUUGUGAUUGACAUAUGUAAACCAUAAGUAGUACAAGUAUUACUGAGAAAAUUUUAACGAAUGUGACUUACAUUAUUUAUUUUCCUGAUAAAAAAUAUGAAAACCUUUUUGUAUAAAUUUCUGUUACAUCCUUUUAUUGAUUCUUUCAGAUGAAGUAGAUGACUUUGUGCAGUAAGAAAAUGAGAUUUUUUUUUCUUUUUCUUUUUAAUAUUUGCAGGAGUAAAGAUUAGUGUUAGUAAUGGACUUAGAAAUUGUUAAAUCAGUGUCUCUUGGCAACAAAGAAAAAUGUUAUACAUAUUUUAUUAAGGCAUUAUUUGGAUAUGAAAUAGAAAAAAAAAUGUUUAUCACAUUAUGUGGGAUGGCUGAAAGGUUUUCCCUUUAUUGACAAAAGAAAAAAGAUUGAUGUAACACAAUAUAUUCUGUACAUAGUGUCUUUAUUUUAUACAAUUUUCACUGGAAGGCUUUCUGCAGCAUAUAUAUUGGUGAUUUAAUACAUUGUGCAUUAUAGGUAUUAGUAUUUAAUACAUGAAAACAUGUAUAGUUAUGCACAAUAUUAUCAGUAGAAAUUUUUCCAUGUCAUAUCUGUAUCUGGCAUUUCCCAUAUAUAUAGUACACAAAACACUUUAUCUUCAGUGAUAUUUUUGUAAAUUUGUUGAUGUCAGGUGCAUGCAUUGUUCACUUUGUUUUGUUUUAUUCAUUUUGUUUACAUGUUGAUGGCUUCACAAGUGCUUCGUUAUUAUUACCAGGCCUACCUGUUCUCAGCUGUUUACCCUAUUCCUUGGAUUUUCUGUUUUCGUUAUGUUAGUAUUAUAAUCAUCAUAGAUGGGGAUAUAAUAAUAAUAAUAAUAAUAAUAAUAAUAAU